CAAAACAACACCAUCUCCGCGCAGUAUACUGACCUUCUUCAGCUCACCACUGCGACCCAACAUGUCUUCUGCGAAUCGAGGCCGCCCUGCGCCUGGUGGGCGCAAACGUGGUAGAGAUGCCGAGGACGACAUGCCUUCGUCUGGCGCAGCACCACCUUCGAGUCCUCCCGCAUCUUCUCCACCAGUGUUUCCCGGCGGCGACGACGACAUCGAGGAGGAUGACAAUCUUGACCCGGAGGAGGAUCUCAUUCAGGACAUCGACGAUGCGGACGAGAUGGCAGAAGACGAUGCUGGCAUCGAUCUGUUUGGCGACAACUUCGAUCGCGACUACGACCGCAAUGACAAUGACACUUAUCGCGGAGCAGACAUUGACGAUGAAGAGGAGUACGAGCAAAUGGAUGCCGCAUCCAGGAGAGCGCUUGAAGCCCGCCUUAAUCGUCGUGAUCGAGAACUUGCACGACAACGCAGACUGCCCGGCGCUUUCUUGCCAGACGAGGAGGAGGAUGUGAUGGACCUCACACGCCAGCCACGGCGACGACGACAUCGGUUUGACGAAGACCCCGAUGACAUGGACAUGCACGACGAUAUCAUGGCAGAAGAGCUUUCAUUGGAAGCACUUGCAGAUGUAAAGGCGGCGAGCUUGACGGACUGGGUGUCACUCCCCGCUGUUCACAAAACUGUUGCACGCGAGUUCAAAUCCUUUCUGACCGAAUAUACGGAUACUGCUGGCACUUCCGUAUAUGGCGUGCGUAUUCGAACACUGGGAGAAGUCAACGCCGAGUCAUUAGAAGUCGACUGGGAUCAUCUCUCGCAGUCGAAGCCAACCUUGGCCUACUUCUUGGUCAAUGUGCCUGCUUCUAUCCUGCCCAUCUUCGAUGCGGUGGCCCUCGAAGUCGCUCUGUAUCACUACCCGGACUACGAGAGAAUCCAUUCGGAGCUGCACGUCCGCAUUACGAAUCUGCCCGUCUCCUACACUCUUCGUCAACUGCGUCAAAGCCAUCUCAAUUGUCUCCUUCGCGUGAGUGGCGUGGUCACGCGCAGAACGGGCGUUUUCCCACAACUGAAGUACGUCAAGUUCGACUGCACCAAGUGCGGCAUCACCCUUGGACCGUUUCCUCAGGACAGCAAUGCGGAAGUCAAACUUUCCUUUUGUCAGAAUUGCCAAUCUCGAGGACCCUUCACGCUCAAUAGUGAAAAGACGGUGUAUCGGAAUUACCAGAAACUUACAUUGCAGGAGUCUCCUGGAACGGUGCCUGCAGGUCGUCUGCCACGACACCGAGAAGUUAUCCUGCUGUGGGACUUGAUCGAUUCUGCCAAGCCAGGAGAGGAGGUCGAGAUCACGGGUGUGUACCGAAACAACUAUGAUGCGCAGCUUAACAACAAGAAUGGUUUUCCAGUGUUCGCAACGAUACUGGAAGCCAAUCAUGUAGUGAAAACGCACGAUCAGCUUGCUGGGUUCAGGUUGACAGAAGAUGACGAGCGCAAAAUCCGACAACUGAGCAAAGAUCCGAAGAUUGUGGAGAAGAUUGUACAGUCUAUUGCGCCGUCCAUAUACGGCCAUGACGAUAUCAAGACUGCUGUCGCCCUGUCUCUGUUUGGUGGCGUGUCCAAAGUGGCACAGGGAAAGCACGCGAUCCGUGGUGAUAUCAACCUGCUUCUGCUGGGAGAUCCUGGAACUGCCAAAUCGCAAGUGCUCAAGUAUAUUGAGAGCACAGCACAUCGGGCAGUCUUUGCCACUGGUCAGGGUGCUUCGGCAGUCGGUCUCACUGCAAGCGUGCGGAGAGAUCCACUUACAGCAGAGUGGACACUGGAAGGCGGCGCGCUCGUCCUUGCUGAUAGAGGCACUUGUCUGAUUGAUGAGUUUGACAAGAUGAACGAUCAAGACCGAACGAGUAUCCACGAAGCCAUGGAACAACAGACCAUCUCGAUAUCCAAAGCCGGUAUUGUGACAACAUUACAGGCUCGAUGUGCAGUCAUUGCAGCAGCCAAUCCUAUUGGUGGUCGUUACAACGGCACGGUCCCAUUCAGCCAGAACGUGGAACUGACAGAACCGAUUUUAUCCCGAUUUGACAUCCUGUGCGUUGUGCGAGACACUGUUGACCCUGCAGAGGACGAGCGAUUGGCUCAAUUCGUGGUCAACAGCCAUGGCCGAGCACAUCCUGUGAUGAGCUCAGCUCUCGGCUCACAAACGCAGACCGAUGCACCGCAGAGCAUGGAAGUUGAUGGUGAGGAGACCACGGCUGGGCCAAAGACCGUCAUACCACAAGAGUUACUUCGCAAGUACAUUCUCUACGCACGUGAACACUGCCGGCCCAAGCUUUACCAGAUCGAUCAGGACAAGAUUGCUCGGUUAUUCGCAGACAUGAGGCGAGAAUCACUGGCGACCGGUGCAUACCCCAUUACAGUCCGUCAUCUCGAAUCCAUCCUCCGCAUCAGCGAAUCCUUUGCCAAGAUGCGACUUAGUGAAUACUGCAAUGCUCACGACAUUGAUCGUGCCAUAGCUGUUGCCAUUGACAGCUUCGUUGGCAGUCAGAAGGUGUCGUGUAAAAAGGCACUUGCACGCGCGUUCGCCAAAUACACACUUAAUCGUCCUGGCACGAACAGGAAUUCAGGAGGAGGUGGUUCUCGAAGAGCGCCUCGGAGAGAGGAUGUCGCUGCAAGUGCGUAAUGUGCAUUCGACGAGAUGUAGUUUUUUUAAUCGUUCAAGAAGAUGGCGCCGGUGUUGUUGACAUGAAGAUACCUGAAAGAGCCAGGAUUGUUCAGAGCGCAUAUGAAGAUGAAUGUCAAUUAUGUUCACCCCUUCCUCGCUUACUUGCUUACCCCAAGCUACCUACCUAC